AUGGAGAUGCACAUGGAGCGCAGCGUCUCGAACACGGGCACCCAGGGCAGCCUGCAGUACGCCGAGUUCGCCCACGCCGCGGUGGCGGAGGACGGGCAGUUAUACUGCAACAUGAAGGCUCUCCCGAGCGCUGAGACCAGCUACACGGAGAUCCGGCUGCGCCGGCAGGAGCGGCAGAAAAAAGCCAGGUUGCUGGAGAGCAGCGACGGCUCCAAGGACUCGGACAGCUCCGCGGGGCGCCGCGGCAGCGCCGGCCGCAAGCACGGGAAGGUCAGCCCUGUGAUCCAGUGGGACGAGAGCCGGCUGCAGCAGGCGCCCGCCGGCACGCCGGUGCGCAUCGCCUACAUGCUGGUUGUGCACGGCAGGGCCAUCCGCCAGCUGAAGCGGCUCAUCAAGGCCGUGUACCACGAGCAGCACUUCUUCUACAUCCACGUGGACAAGCGCUCCAACUACCUGCAUCGGGAGGCAUUGGAGCUGGCCCAGCACUACCCCAACAUCCGCGUGACGCCCUGGCGCAUGGUCACCAUCUGGGGAGGUGCCAGCCUGCUGAAGAUGUACCUGCGUAGCAUGAAGGACCUGCUGGAGCUGGCCGAGUGGCCCUGGGACUUCUUCAUCAACCUGAGCGCCACCGAUUACCCCACGAGGACGAAUGAGGAGCUGGUGAUGUUCCUGUCCAAGUACCGGGAUAAGAACUUCCUGAAGUCCCACGGCAGAGACAACGCCAGGUUUAUCAAGAAGCAGGGCCUGGACCGCCUGUUCCACGAGUGUGACUCGCACAUGUGGCGCCUGGGCGAGCGCCACAUCCCCGAGGGCAUCGUGGUGGACGGGGGCUCGGACUGGUUCUCGCUGACGCGCAGCUUCGUGGAGUACGUGGUCUACGCCAAGGACCAGCUGGUGUCCCAGCUGCGGCAGUUCUACACCUACACGCUGCUGCCGGCCGAGUCCUUCUUCCACACAGUCCUGGAGAACAGUCACGCCUGCGAGACACUGGUCGAUAACAACCUCCGAGUGACCAACUGGAACCGGAAGCUGGGCUGUAAGUGCCAAUAUAAACACAUAGUCGACUGGUGCGGGUGCUCCCCAAAUGACUUCAAACCUCAGGACUUCCUACGGCUACAGCAACUCUCCAGACCCACCUUCUUCGCCCGCAAGUUUGAGUCGACGGUGAAUCAGGAGGUGCUGGAGAUCCUGGACACGCACCUGUACGGCGACUACCCGCCCAACACGCCGGCCCUCAAGGCCUACUGGGAGAACGUCUACGACCGCAUCGACGGGCUCAGCGGCCUCAGCGACGUCACCCUCACCUUCUACACGGCCUUCUCCAGGCUGGGGCUCCGCAGAGCCGCCGCUGCGCCGGCACCAAAGGCAGAAAAGCUCUGCAGAUUUGAGCCCCAGGGUUUCCCAUCCAGUGUGCACUUAUAUUUCUAUGACGACCGUUUCCAGGGCUACCUGGUGAUGCAGGAGGUGCAAAACUCAGCAACUGGGCAAGCAGAGUCCUUGGAGGUGUGGAUGAUGCCCCAAGGAGCUUUGAAGCUGGCAGAUCAUGGAGGGCAGACAAACAGGUUACAAAACCUUGAGGUGGGCACAGAGUGGGAUCCCAAGGAAAGGCUCUUCCGCAACUUUGGAGGCCUCAUGGGGCCUUUUGACGAGCCAGUGGCCAUGCAGAAGUGGUCGCGGGGACCAAACCUGACAGCCACAGUGGUGUGGAUUGACCCCACGUACGUCAUUGCCACUUCCUACGACAUCACGGUGGACGCCGAGGCGGAGUUUACCCAGUACAAACCUCCCCUCAACCGGCCGCUGCGCCCCGGCGUCUGGACCAUCCGCCUGCUCCAGUUCUGGGAGCUCCUGGGGGAGAGCCAGUUCCUGGUGGUGCCGCAGACCUUCAACCGCAAGCAGCCUCUCAGGAAGGGUGAGGAUGCCCCGAAGGGCUGCCGGGCCUCCCGGGGCUGCUGCUGA